AUGUCUCAGCCAGAAUCCAGUGACCAACUUCGGGACAUCUGCCAAGCUGCUCCUUUGCUCCCGUGGGGUCUUGACGUUCAUGUUCACUAUGAAAUCCUUGCCAACUACUUUCGUGCCCGACUCUCAGCUGUCUUUCCUUUGCGACGUGCUCGGUGCCGUCGCACCCACUUCUCCAGCACUACAUGGGACUUGAGGCAACAGAAAGUUUGGCUUCGCAAACGGCUCCAUGCCUCGGCACAUUGGGCUCGGACAGUUGAAAUACGUGGGGCCUUCCACGCCCUCCGGUCCCAUUGCACCCUCACCGGCUUGCUUCGGCCCCUUGUCCCGUCACUCCUCACGUGUGUCCUUGAAAUUCGCCAGCAUCUGCAAGAGCUUCGGACAAUCAAGCCCCUCCUCAAACGGUCUAUUGUCAGUGACCGCAGUCGAUACUUACAUGAGAUUGCUGUGUCGGCUUCUUCGAGUGCUGCCAAGGAUGUCAUCGUGAAGCUUCGUCCUCUACUUGGGCCUCCCAAGAAGAAGCAGAGGGGCACUUUGUCCCUUCCUGUCGUUGAGCUUGAAGAUGGUGCCGUUGCAGGGGACCAUGCUCAGGCUACCGACCGCUGGAUCCGCCAUUUCAGCCAGCUUGAGGAUGGCGGCCCAACCACGCCUGAAGCUCUCCUCCGGCAGUGUCGACACCGUCAGACCGCCCAGGAUCUGUCUGAUCUUACUCUUGACCAUCGGAUUGUCCCCUCUCGUUGUCUCUUCGAGGACUGUUUGCGGCGGUCACCCACCGGAAAGUCGCAGGGGAACGACUGUAUCCCGGCCGAUCUUCUCCAUCUGCAAGCCAGUUCUGUCUCUCUUCCACUGUUCCAAAUUGCGCUCAAGGCGUCUUAUCGUCUUGCUGAGCCGGUCCAUUGGAAGGGAGGGUCACUUUUUGCCAUUUGGAAACGCAAGGGCUCCAUGCGGCAGUGCGAGUCUUUCAGAGGUAUCCUCGUUUCGAGCGCGCCGGGAAAAGCUUUCCACAGCGCGCUGAGACGAAAGGCAGCCCCUUUCCUCGAUUCUGUCGCUGGCAGCCUCCAAAUUGGAGGCCGGCCAGGCUAUCCUGUUCAGCUUGCAAAUCAUACCGUGCGCUCUUUUCAGAGCUUUUGCCAGAACAAUGGUCUUUCGAGCGCCGUUGUUUUCUUAGACCUCAAGGAAGCCUUCCAUAGGGUCGUGAGACCCUUGCUCACAGGAGGCCCUCUUGAUGAUGCCAAUGUCGUCGGCAUUCUGCACACUCUGUGCUUUCCAGAGGAUGCCUUCAGUCGCCUGCAGGAUUAUGUUCGAGAUACCCCGAUUUUUGCCGAUUCAGGUGCGGAUCCGUGGCUUUCCGGGGCCCUCACUGAGGUCUUGAGUGACACUUGGUUCACUUGGGAACGUACAUCAUCUCUCGCAGCAGUCCGCGGGGGUACGCGACCCGGCGACAAUUUGGCAGAUCUCCUUUUUAGUUUCCUCUUUUCAGAGGUACUAGCCCGCAUCAGAAAGAAGCUCAAGGACCUUGAUUUGCAGUGUUGUUUUGCGUGGCGUGAGGACUGGAAGGCCUCCCUCACUAAGGGCUCAGACUCGGGGCUUACCGCACAGUCCCCUGCCGAUGUCACUUGGAUGGAUGAUUGUGCCCUCCUUUAUUACUCCUCGUCUGCAUCUGCUGUGCUUGAGGGCACUCGCAGAGUUGCCGCUACGAUGCUCGAUGAAUGUGUCCGGGCUAUUUUGAUGCCCAACUUGGGUCCAGGAAAAACUGAAACUGUCCUCUCCCUACGUGGGAAAGGCGCCCGAUCCUUGAGAAUCCAAGCACUUGCUGGCAUUGGUCCAAGCCUCGACAUCCCCUCAGAGAUGUUGGGUCCCAGUGAGCUGUGGGCCAUUUUGCAUGCUGAGGAAACAUGGCUUCGGCUUGCCGAGGGCUCCGUCCAAUGGUUAUCCGCAAUUCCCCUGGAAGGUGGAAGUCCUGGAUCCGUAAAGCUAGGCAGUUCGCACUUCUCCAGGAUCGGUGGACCGCGGAAGUCCAACUUUUCCAUGGUCAUGUUUUGCGUGCCCUCAACAAAACUGGGGCGACUUGCUCCCCGAUCGCCCAACCAGUUGCAUCGAAUACUGAAAUUUGUGCUCUUUGCCAACAGGGCUUUGCUGACCUACGCGCAUGGUCACACCAUGCGUUUAAACGCCAUGGGCGAAUUCGCCCUGAAAGGCAUCUCGCAGAUGGGUCUCAGUGCCCUGUCUGUUUGCGGACCUUUGCGUCCAAUGGAAGGCUUUGUAACCAUCUGCGCCACAAUCGCGGAUGCCGUGAUGCUCUUACUUCUGCUGAACACGCGGUUCAGCCUCUCCCUGGACGCGGAGCCUGACCGGCCUUCCGAAGAAAUUCUUGGGAGCCUCGAGGCCAUUUUCUGCCAUGCUGAGGAUGGAGCCACCUCGUAUGUUGCCCUCCUUGAACAGAUUCGGCUCGCCUUCUGUACUGUGUGUUUGCAGCGCACUAGGCUUCGAGCAACAGCCGCUGCUUGGCAUGCUUGUCUCCAGGAUCUUCUCUCCCAGGACGAGGAAUGGCCGGUGCAAUGGGCCAGUUGGCACACCAAAGUUGCUCGCUUCCUCUUGUCCAUUGAUUUAGUUGAGUGGUUGGUACCUCACCUUGUUGCUCCUGCGGCCAGCAUCAGCACCUUUCGUGAUGCCUCCACCGUCCUACCAUGGCUUGAUUUCCAUCAUGCUGUCCUUCCCUCCUGGUCUGGAGCUCGGAUCGAGAUUUCCCUUGUCUUCACCGAUAGGGUUGAACUCUCCUUGCUUCUGCCUGAGGUGCCUCACCGCACCUACUCAGCUUGCAUUGCAGAUCCGUCCUUGCUUGAUUUCGGACAACUCUGCCAGUGCACCGCAGAGGCUGUUGUUGUUUGUGAUGUCCGGCACAUCCUUCCCUCACUUCAGCCUCCUUCCCCUCUACGGUCCUUUUCGUGUCUUGAGGCCAAGUUGCAUCGGCUUCGACUGUUCAGCGAUCUUGUAAGAGGGGUUCUGCAUCUGUGGACCCAUGGUGCUGGUGCCGUCCUUCUCGUGUCUGGAUUUGAUUGUCCUACACUCGGAGCCCUGACGUCCCUUGCGCCCCACAGUUCGAGCCGAGCAAAUGGACUUUUCCUGGCCAAUUGCCCAUUGUCCUCGGCUCCACCUGCUCUUUUCACCCUUUAA